AAGCUCGCUUUUUUUUUAUUUUUGUUUUUGCUUCUCAUAAUCUCCAUUUUUUUUUUUCACUCGCGAAAAAACGAGUCCAAGGGUGAGGAUGGACGGCCUGGAUUUCAUUCCGUAAAAUGAACGGUCCUUGAUUAAAAACCACAGGAGUCGGGACUCGGGACCCACUCUGUUUCAUGGAUUCCCUUGGGCUUUUGUAUGGGCCGAAACCCAUGAGCAAAGGUCCAACACAGAGAUCCCUAGUGAAAUUCAAACCAGCAACGGCGGCCACCUUUUAUUUAAACUAGCAACGGCUACUUCAUGAUUUCAAAAUUCAAUUUGAUAGGAAGAGCGGAGAAGAAAAAGAUAACAAGCAGUGAUGGAUCAGGUAGAGGGAUUCGACCCGGAGAUGCAGUUUCUUGCCUCAAAGCAGGAGACAGGUAACGAAUGGGAACUCUUCAAAGAAAAUGUGAGGCCAUUGAAAAGAGGCCGUAACGUUCGUCUGUUGAACGACGCCCUUAAAUCCCACACCAACAAUCAUCUCAAGAAAUCUCUUCUUGAGACUCGAAGGAGGUUGAUUGAGGCAAUUGAUGAGUAUAAAGGGAAUGAUCCUCUGCUGCCAUGGCUCGAGUGUAUCAAAUGGGUUCAAGAGUCAUUUCCACCUGGUGGAGAUUCCUCAGGACUGAUUGUAAUAUAUGAACAAUGUGUGCGUGCCUUUUGGCAUUCAGAUCGCUACAAGGAUGAUCUGCGGUACCUCAAAGUGUGGCUGGAAUAUGCUGAAAACUGUGUUGAUGCGGAAGUCAUUUACAAUUUUCUUGAUGCAAAUGAAAUUGGAAAGUCACAUUCCGCAUACUAUCUAGCAUAUGCUUUACAUAUGGAGUCCAAGUCUAAAAUGAAGGUUGCAAAUGAUAUAUUCAAUCUUGGGAUAUCUAGGGAUGCUUCACCAAUAGAAAAAUUGAAGGAUGCCUACAAGAAAUUUCUCAUGAGAUCAAUGAUAAAACCAAAAGUCCUGGAGGAUGACUCUGGUGAAAAUCACUUGCAAGUCCGAAGCUUUGGAACUGUGUUGGCCACUGCAGAAAAUAGGAGGCAAAAUAUGGAGAGUUCUGAUAUUGCCAGGAAGAGAUUGAAACCAGACAGGAAUCAAAAGGCUCCCCUUUCUAUUUAUAAAGACUCAAAUACUGAUACCACGUUGGGACAUCAAGCUGGCAAGUCAAAAAUAGAUUUCAAUUCUUGGAACAGUCUUGGAGCUCGAGCUGAGAGAAACAAAGAAAAUAAUGCAGUACCUGCUAAGUGGACAACUUAUAAGAUUCCACAAAGACCUGGGCCUAGAGGUGGAGGAGCAACUGCAAGUGCCUGCAUUGAAGUAUUUGUUGACGAGGAAUGUGUGGAAACCAAUAGUUCACAUGGUGAUGGUGGCGGCGGCAAGUCUCCAACUUUGCAGCUGAGACAAGGAGAUGGCUUAGACAUCAAAAAAGAGAGUGAAUUAUUGAGAGCGAACCCAUUAAGAAAUUUCCCAUUGAGCAGCCUUCCCAGAUGAUGAAUAAACGAGUUUCUUCCUCAAAAUGUUGUACGAUCCGUGGCAUGGAUCAGCUUUUAACUCUAAAACCUGAUCCCUGUCCACGAAUUAAUUCUCUGAAUUGUUUAAUUACUUUAAGUGGAUUUCUUUUUCCCUUUGUAUUGCUAGUAAGUUUCUACUGUAAUUGAGUUUUUGUUAGCUGAGAGGACUCGUAUGAUAAGAGUUCUGGGCCUUUGUUGGUUGAGCUCAUCUUAUGUCAAUCUAUCCAUUGUGUUUGUAAAGAAAUUUUAUCUAAAUGAAAACUUGUUUUAUUUUUGA